AUGCUGUUUUUCUCUUUCUUUAAAUCACUGGUUGGCAAGGAAGUCAUAGUAGAGCUUAAAAAUGACCUCAGCGUGUGUGGAAUCUUACAUUCUGUCGAUCAGUAUUUGAACAUCAAGCUCGUAGAUAUUUCUGUGCCCGAUACCGAAAAGUACCCACAUAUGAUAUCUGUCAAGAACUGUUUUAUAAGAGGUUCUGUUGUUCGCUACGUACACCUCCCUGCCGAAGAAAUUGAUGUACAACUCCUGCAAGAUGCUACUAGAAAGGAAGUUGCACAGCUGAAAUCCCAGCAGACAGCUCAAGUAGCUGCGCCUAGUAAAUAG